GUUAAAAAUGGAUUAUCAUAGUACGAGAGCGAAUGCAAAGAAGGAAGGAUGAAAGAAGUCCUUAUCAAUGUUCAACCAAAUCACCUGAAUAAACCCUGACUCUGCAAUAGACAGCAACACUGAUUGCUCCAGCUGCUCCAGUGAUGAAGAUAUCACCACCGCCAAAGACUUCAGCAGCUUCUGCGAAAAGAUCACUUCAAAUAGCACAAUAGACUGGACAUCACAGGAUGUGUUAAAAAAGUUGGUGGAAAAGCAAAAAUAAAUUCGAAAAAGUCUUCUCUCUCGUUGAUUAUUUUGGUGGCCCAAAGCUAAAUCAGCUGCAUGAGAUUAACAAAUCCGAAGAGCCUAAUGUGAGAAAGUAUCGUAAAUAAUAAGACUAAGCGAAUGGAGAUGUGCAAGUCCUUUGCAACUCCUCAGAGUAACAAGUUCCUUGACCUUCCUGGCAAGCUGAAGGGAAACAAGGAGAACUUUAUACAGAAAAAAUCAUUCUGCAAAAAUAAAAGCAGUAAGGCCAAUACGAAGGAGCCAAAAGUUUAAGAGUGGAAGAGAUCUUAAGAUCAACUGAAAGAAUGAUUAUAGCUAUAGCACAGACCAAAGGUUUAUUCGGACUCCUACAGUGUCUGGCACAAAUAAGUUCAAGGAAAAGAAACCCUCAACAACAAGGAAUCAUAAGGGAACUGUGAUGUCAGCCCUUGCGAAUAAAUUUAAAGGAACCAAGUCUGAUAGAAGCCGGUUUGUCAAACAUAAAGGAAGCUUUGUACAGAAGAAGACUUCUUAUUUUCAGCAUCUGAGCAAAUCUAAUUCUGGCAUGCUGAAAAGUAGCUGUAAAAAUAAUAAAUCAAAACAGAAGGUCAGAAAAGUCAAUAUUAAUUUGAAAGGAAAACCUCACAAUAAGAAACCCAUGACUGCAAGAAAGACGACUACUCAAUUUAAAAGCGUGUAUUCUGAGUCCUUUCUCAAUGGUGGGAACAAAUUGGCCCAACAUGAGUACU